CGCCCGCCCGCCCGCCCGCGUCCGCCCGCGUCCGCCGGGCCCCGGGAACCGUUGAGGGGAGGGGCGUCCGGGCCGAGGCCCGCACGAGUGGAGGUCUUCGCCGCCGCCCGUCCGCCCGCCCGUCGGUCCGCCCCACCGUCCGUCGGUCCGUCCCGGCCGUCACCAUGCUGGCGCUCAUCUCCCGCCUGCUGGACUGGUUCCGCUCGCUCUUCUGGAAGGAGGAGAUGGAGCUGACGCUCGUGGGGCUGCAGUACUCGGGCAAGACCACCUUCGUGAACGUGAUCGCGUCCGGUCAAUUCAGUGAAGAUAUGAUACCCACAGUGGGCUUCAACAUGAGGAAAGUCACAAAAGGAAAUGUCACGAUAAAGAUCUGGGACAUAGGAGGGCAGCCCCGGUUCCGGAGCAUGUGGGAGCGCUACUGCAGAGGAGUCAAUGCAAUCGUUUACAUGAUUGAUGCGGCAGAUCGCGACAAGAUAGAGGCCUCUCGGAACGAGCUACACAAUCUCCUCGAUAAACCCCAGUUACAAGGAAUUCCAGUACUAGUACUUGGAAACAAGAGAGAUCUUCCCAAUGCCUUGGAUGAGAAACAGCUAAUUGAAAAAAUGAAUCUGUCUGCUAUUCAGGAUAGAGAAAUUUGCUGCUAUUCAAUUUCUUGCAAAGAAAAGGAUAAUAUAGAUAUCACACUUCAGUGGCUUAUUCAACAUUCAAAAUCUAGAAGAAGCUGAAACAUCUCAUGAAGUCUUCCAGUCCUUCUUGGCUCUAAUCCUACAGUUACUGUCCGUUCCUCUGAAGUACUUCCCAGAAUCCGGUCCUUCCUAAACCCAAGAAAUUGCAGAGUUUAUUUCUCAUGUGCCCUGCUGAAGAUGCGUACUCCUAACCCUUCAUAACGAACCGGCUAGAGUUGUCAUGAUAACGUCAGCAGACACACAGCUUCUCAUACACACUCGGCCUCGUGUGUGGAAACCCCCCACCCCCACCCUUUCCUUUCAAAAAACACUUUGGACCAUCUUAAAUCAAGAAAAUUGCAUAUUUCCAUUAUGGUCUUUCUGGGCCAGAUUUUUAUAUUGGUUUUCAGUAAAUGUCUAUCUAUAAUAUUUCAUUAUAGAGUCCCAUAAUAGCUUAAUACCGAUACUGACUUGAUACAGCAUGAAAUUUCUAGUGCCACACACAGUAUUUAGAAAACCUUAAGCCUGACUCAUUUGAGGUAAUAUAAACAUAAUGUUUACUUAUCUCACCAAUGCAUGUGACAUGUAUAAUUAACCCCGUAGGAAUUUAAGAACUGGUCUGCAAAGUGGGCAGAGGCGCCAGAUUGAUGCUGUUGGCUCUUUACACUGGAGAGUUCCUACCUGAUGGUUUUAUUAUAUACACACUCUUGUCUUCUGAGACCACUUUAUCACCAAACAGCAGCUGGGGAGUGGGGAGGAAAAGCGUGCAUGCUGUUUUAUAGAUGUCCACAUCCUUACUUUUUUUCUCUCUUUCUUUCUAAUACACUUUUUAAGGGCUUGGGAUUGAUGAUUUUCUCGAAAGCGUUCAUGAAUUUAGAGCAUUCCAGCCAGUAUAAUAAAACCUGGUAACAACGUCAGACUUUGUUCAGACACACGUUUGUUUUUUCUAUCUCCAGUCAUUAAAUCAGUGCCGCAUGACACUCUGUUAACUUUUUAUAUUGAGUCAUACAGUUGACUUUCAGCACAAAAGACACAACGAAAAAAAAUUUUUUAAUUUUUCUCUUACCAAGUAAGGCUGGGCACUAUUUUGUCUGGUGCCAUUAGAUGUCUUGAUUAUUAUGACAACUCUAGACCUGCCUGCUUUAUCUGAUGAAUCAUGCACAAUGUCUACAGGUUGUUUAAUAAUCAUACGGAGAACUGAGGAAGCUGCUGAUUGUUGGCUUCGUAACACAGAAUGUAUAGAAAGUACAGAACACGUUUCAUAGUUGAGUGAUCUCUAUAGGCAUAAAGGGACUUAGCAACGCGGGUUCGCCUAGGCCGCUGUAGCGGAAGAGCCCAGUAGGGCACUGUUUCCUGUGCCUCAUGCUGUGUGGAAUGUGUUUCCUGCACACUGCAUUUCCAGAUGCAUUCAGCGCUCAAGAGUGUAGUCAACAGUGAGUUCUUUUAGAAAAUAGCAGUUUUAAUUUAUAGACUGCCAUGGCCUUAAGACUAUUCUGCACAGAGCGCUGCCCUGUGUCGCACACACUACUUGUUUUUCAUUCUUGUUUUUAGUGAGCAGAUCUGAGCUUGUAAAGUUCUCUUCUUCUCUGAGGCAUGUUGCGUACUCCCGGGUGGGAUGGGCGGUUCUGGAAAUGAAGGGAUAUUCACACCUGCUACAGUGGUGGUGCCUACCACGGAUGGGCCACGGUGAGCCGGGACAGGAACCGGGCAGCCGGCCGGAAAUUCCAGAGGAGGGGCCGGGACUAGGGCGCGACUUCGGGACUGCCCAGGUUUAUGAGUCGACCUGAGCUUACUGCGUUUGUGCGUCUGUCCAUUGCUUCCAACAUUUACAGACAUCUAAGCGCUACUACCAUUUUUCUGUGUAACCUCUGCAUGUGAACACUUAACAGUCACUCAACUUUGUAAAUACGUAAAGUUUUUUUUUUUUAAUUUUGGUGGAUGCAUUUUCAUCUGUUUACUGCUUUUUCUUAGCUUUGUUCAAUAAACUUGCAUUUUGAGGGUUGUACUGGCAAUUUUAACUGAAAAUGUACAUCAUGCUGAAAGGUUGCAGACUUACUGGAAGGGAGCGGAAAGGAAAUGACCAUGAAGGGGUCCAUAGACCAUGUGCUAGACAGAAAUCAACUCAGCGUUCAGAGAUGGGCCUGUGGGCUAGUUAAAAUAGAAAUAAACUUUUGAAAUACCCCCAGA